CCGCCGUAAUACUUUAAGAAGAAGAAGACCCCCAGAGAAGAGACGGAACUAAGAAAAACGCAUUUCCGGUCUCAGUCUCGAGCCACCACCACCAAAAUGGCGAAGAUCGCCAAAACACACGAAGAUAUCGAGGCCCAGAUCCUGGAGAUCCAGGGGAUGAAGGCCACCCUGCAGGAGGAGAAUGGUGAGCAGGGAGUGGGCCUGGUCUCCACUGGCUUUUAUGAUCAGGAGAUCUAUGGAGGCAGUGACAGCCGUUUUGAUGGAUAUGUAACUUCAAUUGCAGCCAAUGAACAAGAGGAUGAUGAUGAAGACGAUACGUCUACAAGCUUAUUGGGACAGAAGAAACCUGGCUACCACGCACCAGUCGCAAUACUCAAUUCCAUCCCUCAGUCAGAUGAGCCGUACGACCCAUUUGCAGAACAUCGUCCGCAGAAGAUCGCAGAUCGGGAGGACGAAUACAAAGCCCGUCGCAGACAGAUGAUCAUCUCGCCUGAGCGUCUUGACCCUUUUGCUGACGGGGGCAAAACACCGGACCCUAAGCUGCAGGUCAGGUCGUAUGUGGACGUGAUGAUGGAACAGAACCUGUCCAAAGAGGAGAGGGAGAUUCGUCUGCAGCUGGCAGAGAAGGCCAAAUCAGGGGAUCUGAAAGCUGUCAAUGGGUCUGCUGCCUCCCAAGCCGCUGCGAAACGUAAGCGCCGCUGGGACCAGACAGCUGACCAAACUCCAUCCAACGCCACACCCAAAAAACUGUCCAGCUGGGACCAAGCAGAUUCUGCUGCUGAGACCCCAGGACACACUCCUGGACACACACCUUCUAACAGCCGCUGGGAUGAAACUCCUGGUCGUCCUAAAGGCAGCGAGACCCCAGGGGCCACCCCAAGCACUCGUAUGUGGGACCCUACUCCCAGCCACACCCCGGCUGGUGCUGCCACCCCUGGCAGGGACACACCCGGCCAUGCCACGCCUGGUCACGGCGGUGCCACGGGAAGUGUCCGCAAGAACCGCUGGGACGAAACCCCAAAGACAGACAGGGAAACUCCAGGACAUGGGAGCGGCUGGGCUGAGACUCCACGUACAGACAGAGGAGAGGAGUCUGUGGGUGAGACUCCAACCCCAGGAGCCAGUAAGAGGAAGUCUCGGUGGGAUGAAACACCCGCCAGCCAAAUGGGAUCCUCCACACCAUUGCUGACCCCUGGAAAAACUCCAUUAGGAACACCAGCCAUGAACAUGGCCACACCUACACCUGGUCACCUGAUGAGCAUGACCCCGGAGCAGCUCCAGGCAUGGAGAUGGGAGAGGGAGAUUGAUGAGAGGAACCGGCCUCUCACAGAUGACGAGCUUGACGCUAUGUUCCCUGAAGGCUACAAGGUUUUGCCUCCUCCAGCAGGGUACGUCCCAAUCCGUACUCCAGCCCGUAAACUGUCAGCCACACCCACACCUAUCGGAGGGAUGACAGGUUUCCACAUGCAGGCAGAGGACCGGACCACCAAACAGAUGAAUGAUCAGCCCUCAGGAAACCUCCCCUUCCUCAAACCUGACGACAUUCAGUACUUUGACAAACUGCUGGUUGAGGUGGAUGAAUCAACUCUGAGUCCAGAGGAACAGAAGGAAAGGAAGAUUAUGAAACUGUUGCUGAAGAUUAAAAAUGGAACACCACCCAUGAGGAAGGCUGCUCUGCGCCAGAUAACUGACAAAGCUCGAGAAUUUGGAGCGGGUCCGCUGUUCAACCAGAUUCUGCCUCUGCUCAUGUCCCCCACCCUGGAAGACCAAGAGCGCCAUCUCCUGGUCAAAGUCAUCGACCGCAUCCUGUACAAACUGGACGACCUGGUCCGGCCAUACGUACACAAGAUCCUGGUGGUGAUUGAGCCGCUGCUGAUUGAUGAGGACUAUUACGCCAGAGUUGAAGGCAGAGAAAUCAUCUCUAACUUGGCAAAGGCUGCCGGGUUGGCCACGAUGAUCUCUACAAUGCGACCUGACAUUGACAACAUGGAUGAGUACGUCAGAAACACAACAGCUCGAGCCUUCGCUGUGGUGGCCUCUGCUCUAGGCAUUCCCUCCCUCCUUCCCUUCCUCAAAGCUGUGUGUAAAAGCAAGAAGUCGUGGCAGGCCCGGCACACCGGCAUCAAGAUCGUCCAGCAGAUCGCCAUCCUCAUGGGCUGCGCCAUCCUGCCUCACCUGCGCAGCUUGGUGGAGAUUAUUGAACACGGUCUGGUGGAUGAACAGCAGAAGGUGAGGACCAUUAGUGCCCUGGCUAUAGCUGCCCUGGCUGAAGCUGCUACACCCUACGGUAUCGAGUCCUUUGACUCGGUGCUGAAGCCACUGUGGAAGGGCAUCAGGCAGCACAGAGGAAAGGGUCUGGCUGCCUUUCUCAAAGCUAUUGGUUAUCUAAUCCCCCUGAUGGACGCCGAAUACGCAAACUACUACACCAGAGAAGUGAUGUUGAUCCUCAUCAGAGAGUUCCAGUCCCCCGACGAGGAGAUGAAAAAGAUUGUACUUAAGGUGGUGAAGCAGUGUUGUGGCACCGAUGGUGUGGAAGCAAACUACAUCAAAACUGAGAUCCUGCCUCCCUUCUUCAAGCACUUCUGGCAGCACAGGAUGGCGCUGGACAGACGCAACUACAGACAGUUGGUGGACACCACUGUUGAACUUGCUAACAAAGUGGGAGCAGCAGAGAUUAUUUCCCGCAUUGUUGAUGACUUGAAAGAUGAGGCAGAGCAAUACAGAAAGAUGGUGAUGGAGACCAUUGAGAAGAUCAUGGGGAACCUGGGAGCUGCUGACAUUGAUCACAAGCUGGAGGAGCAGCUGAUCGAUGGUAUUCUGUACGCCUUUCAGGAGCAGACUACUGAGGAUUCUGUAAUGUUGAAUGGUUUCGGAACGGUUGUGAACGCACUAGGGAAGCGUGUGAAACCGUACCUGCCUCAGAUCUGCGGUACGGUACUGUGGCGUCUCAACAACAAGUCGGCCAAAGUCCGUCAGCAGGCAGCAGAUCUCAUCUCUCGUACAGCAGUGGUGAUGAAAACCUGUCAGGAGGAGAAGCUGAUGGGCCACUUGGGUGUGGUACUUUACGAGUACCUGGGAGAGGAGUACCCUGAGGUGCUGGGCAGCAUCCUGGGGGCGCUGAAGGCCAUUGUUAAUGUUAUAGGUAUGCACAAGAUGACUCCACCUAUCAAAGACCUGCUUCCCCGCUUGACACCCAUCUUGAAGAACAGACACGAGAAGGUUCAGGAGAACUGCAUCGACCUGGUGGGCAGGAUUGCUGAUAGGGGAGCUGAGUAUGUGUCGGCCAGAGAGUGGAUGAGGAUUUGUUUUGAAUUGCUGGAGCUCCUCAAAGCUCACAAAAAGGCCAUCCGCAGAGCUACUGUCAACACUUUUGGUUAUAUUGCCAAAGCCAUCGGGCCUCAUGAUGUGUUGGCCACUCUGCUGAACAACCUGAAGGUCCAGGAGCGUCAGAACCGAGUUUGUACGACCGUGGCCAUUGCCAUCGUGGCUGAGACCUGUUCACCUUUUACAGUGCUGCCGGCACUCAUGAACGAAUACAGAGUGCCCGAGCUUAAUGUACAGAAUGGUGUCCUAAAGUCGCUCUCCUUUCUGUUCGAGUACAUUGGAGAAAUGGGAAAAGACUACAUCUAUGCUGUCACACCUCUGCUGGAGGAUGCACUGAUGGACAGGGACCUGGUCCACAGACAGACUGCCAGUGCAGUAGUCCAGCACAUGUCUCUGGGUGUCUAUGGUUUUGGCUGCGAGGAUUCACUUAACCAUUUAUUAAACUAUGUGUGGCCCAACGUUUUUGAGACGUCUCCCCAUGUUAUCCAGGCUGUCAUGGGCGCCCUGGAGGGGCUGAGAGUGGCCCUUGGGCCCUGCCGCAUGCUGCAGUACUGCUUACAGGGUCUGUUCCACCCGGCGCGCAAGGUGAGGGAUGUCUACUGGAAGAUUUACAACUCCAUCUAUAUUGGCUCCCAAGACGCCCUUAUUGCUCAUUACCCACAGGUCUACAACGAUGAGAAAAACGUCUACGUCCGCUAUGAGCUCGAAUAUGUUUUGUAAAUACUGAUUCUUGUCCCCAUCCUGAUGCUCUCCAUAUCAUUGCCUGCAGGUCCGUUUUUACUUAGUGGCUUGGUGUUGCUUACGUUCAGUUUCUUCUAUUAGCGUGAAAAAUCAGAACGUAAAAAAAGGAACCUUGUAGAGUCUGUAUGUAUUUUUUACUUUUACCUUGUGUUUCCUUGUAAGAAACAGUUGAGGCCAGAAGAUUGUCUAGGAACGCAGAGCUGUCAUCAGCACAUUUUAAAUAUCUGGAUGAUUUUGUCUCUUUGAAUUGGUUAUGAUAAAUCUCUGUACUGCCCAGACCUGCUUCAUUUUUCGCACCUCCUCUGUUCUUAGAUCAAGGCUUUAUUUAACCAAAUAAAAGGUUUGUGUACAAAA